GUGUCUGCGACACCAUCUUUCAUUGUCUGACCACUGCCCCUCUCCAUCGCUGCCUACUCGGCCGUUUGCCACUACCUUGCGCAAUCUAGCCACGCGGCCGAAACCGACUCUGGUCUCAGGCUGUUCGCUUUCUGCCGCUACAUUUUCGUUCCGUACAUACGACCCUUGACGCCAUGGACACCUGGUUGCCGCAGGAAGUCAUCCGCCAUAAGCGCGACGGCCUCGCUCUCAGCACGUCGGACAUCCAGCGCUUCGUGUCGGGAAUUACAGAUGGGAGCCUGAGCGAGGGGCAGAUAGCGGCGUUCGCCAUGGCCGUCUGGCUCAAGGGCAUGGUGCUGGAGGAGCGCAUCGCCUUCACCGCGGCCAUGCGGGACUCUGGCCAGGUGCUCAAGUGGGAGCUGCCCGGCCCGGUCGUCGACAAGCACAGCACCGGCGGCGUCGGCGACUUCAUCAGCUUGCCCCUGGCUCCGCUGCUGGCUGCGUGCGGCUGCUACGUGCCCAUGAUCUCGGGCCGUGGCCUCGGCCACACGGGCGGCACCCUCGACAAGAUGGAGAGCAUCCCGGGCUACCGCGUCAUGCCGGACCCUGACCUCUUCAAGAAGGUCGUCGCCGACGUCGGCUGUGCCAUUAUCGGCCAGACGGGCGAUUUGGCCCCCGCGGACAAGAAGCUCUACGCCAUCCGUGACGUGACGGCGACGGUGGAGUCGAUCGACCUUAUCACAGCGAGCAUAUUGGGAAAGAAGUUGGCUGCCGGUCUGGAUGUCCUGAUUAUGGAUGUCAAGAUGGGCAAUGGCGCCUUCAUGACAAAGGUUGAGGCGGCACAACAGCUGGCCGAGAGUAUUGUGGCCGUUGCCAACGGCGCCGGUGUUCGCACCAGGGCUCUGGUGACGGACAUGAACCAACCGCUUGCUCGUAGCGCAGGCAAUGCCGUCGAGGUCGAGGAAGCCGUUGCUCUGCUAAAGGGCGAGGUCCGCAGCGAGCGCCUGUGGGAGAUUACGUUGGCGAUUGCAGAGGAGACUUUGGUCGAAGCUCGCAUAGAGUCCUCGAGAGAGGCUGCCCGGCAGAAGCUACUGGAGGCGUGGAAGAGCGGCGCGGCAUUGCAAAAGUUCGAGCAAAUGGUGACGGCACUGCAAGGCCCAGCAGACUUCACUUCCAACAUGGACAAGUACCUUCCGCGCGCACCGAUCGUCAAGCCCGUCUAUGCCGAGAAGGCAGGUGUUGUGGAGGAAAUCGAUUCCCGGAAUGUCGGCCUUGCUGUCGUCGCUCUGGGUGGCGGCCGCAGGCGACCUACGGAUCUCGUCGACGCCGCCGUGGGCUUCACGAAGCUGGCGUUCCCCGGCGAAGCUGUGGACGCGAGUCACCCCAUUGGCGUCGUCCACGCGCAGACCGAGCAGCAGGCAGACGAUGCCGCGUUGGCCUUGAGAACGGCGUACCGUCUCGGUGCCGCUGAGAAACUGCCUGGCAUGGCGGCGCUGCCGGCAGUAUACCAGAGAGUAUAGUUAGAGGCUUGGGGACGAUGUAGAUAGACCCGGUGGUGCCGGGGAAUUGAAUGCCGUACAUGGG